UAACCAUAUAUGUCCGAUCUCCUAUUUUCCCCUACCACACUCUCCGUGUCUUCCUUCUUCUUCUCGUCCUACCCUGAGGAGCCUCGGGGGCAACUAAGGCUCUUCUUGUCAAAAUCUCUUAUUUUAAAGUGUGAAAAGUUGAAAAAAGAAAAUGAAUCACUGCGGUUACCAGAUGAAUUCCUUGACAAGCUGGGAGGAGAGGAGGAUGGAACCUGUGGUCUGUCCCAAACCUCGUCGGUUGAGUAUCCUAAACAUCUCCACUAAUGAUCAUAUCAGAGCCCUUAAACGGCCAAUCAACAACCAGUCCGAGAUCGAAGAUUUAGGAGCUGAGGCGGAGCUUAUGAAUAUAGUUUUCUAUAAGGAAAGUUACACAGGAAGAUUUGAGAGCCAAAUGGCUUCUUCACCACCGUUUUUCUGUGGAUCUCCACCUAGCAGGGCCUCAAAUCCUGUAAUCCAAGACGAACAAUUUGGUAAUGAAAGUUUUAACCCGUUUUCUUUGGCACCCGCUUCACCCUCCUCUUCUUCAGCUCGAGGUUGUGCUCGAAUGAAAUUUGGUCCCAAACCAGCAGCUGUGAGGAUAGAAGGUUUUGAUUGCCUGAACAGGGAUAGGAGCAAUUGCAGUAUAUCUGCUGUAGCAUAAAUAAACCCUUUUUUUCCCCAGAAUAAUAAAGCAAAGAAAAAACAAUUAGAAUAUAAAGAAAGGUCACUGCAGGUGGAGGAGUUCUGGGAGAGUGAAGCUAAUUCUAAUUUAAGUAUUCUUAGAGUAUUUUAUGUAUAUAUGUGGUCUCUGGAAGUUAUUGUUCGUGAGUAAGAAGAUGUCAGGGAUGAUUAGAGAUUUUUGAAGAAAUGAUUUUGUUUUCCUUUUGAAGAAUAAAGGAAGACACAAAAUGGAGAUUGGAGAGAGACUAAAGUGGUAAAGCAGAGUCUUCCAUCUUCACCUCCCUUGUUAGGUCUUAGUGGGUCAUAGGGAUUGAACGAGUUUGUAAGUGUUUGUUGCUCAGAAACUCAGAUCCUCCAUAUGUAAUUUUGGCAUUUCGGCUCGGAGGAAAUUGAGGAUUAUUAUUAUUUGGAGUCAUGUAAAUUAUUCUCACUUUUUUUUUUUUGGUUGCGGGUGCACUAUUUGGAGGUGUUACCUAUUGAAUAAAUUCAAGUCGUUGUGCUGUAUGUACAUAAACUAUUCUGUAAAGCAAGGCUAUUAUUUAUAUAUUUUUAUGUUGUCCUAAGGUAAAAAUUAUUAUUUUGGGAGGAUUUGAGGAAGUUUCAAACCACCUUGUAUGGUCAAUUCUAUGUAUUUGUCCUGUUUUUCAAA